GUGGUACAGCCAUGACAUGUGAAGUAUAAUGUACUUAAUGAAACAGAAGAGAUAAAACGAUCGUAUCAGCCACUGAAUAUGUAACUCGUUCUAUCCCCAUGUAAAUUCAAAUAAGAUUCCGAUUUCCCUAUUCCACUUAUGAGCGGAAACACAAGUUCUUUACUUCUUUCCGAAUUUUUCAUUAGAACAUGGAGAUCAAAAAGGACACAAAUAACUCGGAAAACACAGAAAAUGAUGAACACAAUAUAAACGACUCUAAUCACAAAGAUUACGGUAAUGUCGAUGACAAAUUGUCGGAAUUAAAUCCGAAUAUGAGUAAACGUCAAUUGAAAAAAAUUAAAAAAAAAGAAAAGUGGCUGGAACGAAAGGGUGAAAAAAGAUUGAAGGAACGAGAAAAAGCAAAGCAAAAACGUGCAUAUGCUCGUGCACAUAAUAUAGACCUAGGACCAUCUAGGAAAGCCUUAAAAAAAAGCACUAUGGCGGAUAGUAAUUGUAAAGUUGGAGUGACCAUUGAUAUGUCUUUUGAUGACCUAAUGAUUGAUAAAGAUGUUGCAAAAUUAACGAAGCAGAUACUAAGAUGUUAUACUUUGAACAGAAGGGCUCUUGCACCGAUGCAAUUUUCGCUUACUAGUUUUAAUGGUACUUCGAGAAUGCACAUGCAAAAACACAAUGGAUAUCAACACUGGGAUGUAAAAUUUUAUGUUGAAUCAUAUUUGAAUGUUUAUCCAAAAGAGAAGGUCAUAUAUCUAACCAGUGAAUCGGAAAAUAUAAUCAAUCAUCUGGAACAUGAUUGUGUGUACGUUAUAGGUGGUCUUGUUGAUCAUAAUAGUCAUAAGGGACUGUGUCAUAAGUUAGCCAAAGAGGCUGGUGUGAGGCAUGGUCGACUCCCUCUAGACGAAUUCUUGCAAAUGAAGGCUAGGAAGGUUUUAACUGUUGACCAUGUGUUUGAAAUUUUGCUUCGAGUUAGUGAAGGGAAAACGUGGCAAGAAGCAUUUUUACAGGUGCUACCAGAAAGAAAAAAUGCUCAACCUAUUUUAUUAUUAGAAGAAAACGAAAGCACAUUAAAGAAUUGUGAAGAUGAGGAAAAUGUUUGUGAGACAAAUGAAUUUCUGAGCCUACCUUAUUGUUAGAAGAAAACAAAGACACCC